AUGGAGUCGUCGGUGCCAUCGCGAACGCACCACGUCCAUUACCAUUGUGAUACCAGAAGGGAGGACUUUGGAUCAUACGUUAUCUAUAAUGGAUUACCGUGUAACGAACCUGGUGCGUUGUGGCACAUUUACGCGGCUAGAGAUGCCGACAAAAUUCGCGACCUGUUAAACGCUGUCGCGCUGGAACGUGGAGCUCGUUUGGAACCGCAUCACGACCCGAUUCACGAUCAGAGCUGCUAUCUCGAUGGACCUCUGCGGGAACGAUUGUAUCGCGAAUACGGCGUCGAAGGAUACGCCAUCGUACAGUGUCUGGGAGACGCUGUAUUCGUGCCAGCCGGUGCUCCGCAUCAGGUUCGAAAUCUUCACAACUGUAUCAAAGUAGCCGAGGAUUUUGUAUCUCCGGAGAACGUAUCCCACUGCUUCCAUCUGACCCAAGAAUUCCGAGCGUUAUCGGACACGCACACCAAUCACGAGGACAAAUUACAAAUCAAGAACAUAAUUUAUCACGCUGUAAAGGAUUCCUUGACGGUUCUGUCAAACAUCAAGGACGAGACUCUUGCCAAACUGAAGACCAAUAACGAGAUAAAGAAGGAAGAGACGUAG